AUGACUGACGUUGCACCGCCUUCAAGCUCUACUCCUAAUGACUACAUACUUAGCUUGUCAGAAGAACAGAUAAACCAUGAUCAAAAGAUAGGUAUCAAAGCCAUUCGAUUAUUUUUACAAAGCAAAACUUCGUAUGAUGUGUUGCCGGUGAGUUACAGACUAAUUGUGUUGGAUACAUCCCUCUUGGUCAAAAAGUCAUUAAACAUCUUGCUACAGAAUAACAUCGUUUCCGCUCCAUUAUGGAACCACAAGACCUCUCGGUUUGCCGGCUUGCUAACGUCAAGCGAUUUCAUCAAUGUUAUCCAGUACUAUUUCCAGUUCCCCGAGAAUUUUGAACUCGUUGACCAAUUGACUUUGGAUGGGUUGAGAGAUGUCGAAAAGGCUAUUGGUGUUGAUCAAAUUGAAACUGCCUCGAUACACCCUUUCAAGUCGUUAUACGAAGCGUGUGUCAAGAUGUUGGAGUCGAAGGCGAGGAGGAUCCCGUUGUUGGAUACAAAUGAAAAUGAAGCACGAGAUAUUGUUGUUAGUGUCUUGACUCAAUACCGUAUUUUGAAGUUUGUGGCUUUAAAUUGUAAAGAGACUAAGAUGUUGCUCAAGCCAAUCCAACAUACGGAACUAAACAAACCAAAACAAUUGAGCACUUGUACGAUGGAUACUCCGGUUAUUGAGGUGAUUCAUCUUUUGGCCUCAAACUCAGUAUCGUCCAUUCCUAUAAUCAACGACGAGGGAAAGUUGAUAAAUGUGUAUGAAACUGUUGAUGUGUUGGCAUUGGUCAAGGGUGGUAUGUAUACUGACUUGGACUUGUCAGUGGGUGAGGCGUUGUUGAGGAGAUCAGAAGAUUUUGAAGGUGUGCAUACCUGUACUGUGAAUGAUCGGUUGAGCACUAUUAUGGAUACGAUCCGGAAGUCAAGGUUGCAUAGGUUGUUUGUUGUUGAUGACGAGGGGAGAUUGAUUAAUGUGAUUACAUUGAGCGAUAUAUUGAACUAUAUAUUGUUUGGAGAAGAUUAG